AUGGCAUCUCCGCCCCGCCACGUCAGCACUACAGCAUUGAGCAGCGCUCUAAGGAUGACGGCGAGGAUGCUAAUAACGGGACGGAUGCUAGCGGAGGGGAAGCAGCAGGCAGGAGGGACGCUGCUGGUGAUGCCGGCUUGGGACUCGAAUAGUGGCACGGAAGAGCCCUUCCUGGGUGUGAAGCUCGCGACAGUGUUCCCUGGCAAUGCCAUACACGGCCUGCCAUCGGUGGCAGCCAGCUACCUGCUCUCCUCUGCUGCCACUGGCGCCCCCCUCGCCCUCAUGGACGGCACGGCCAUCACGCUCCGCUGCACCGCUGCCGCUUCUGCCCUCGCUGCGCACUACCUCGCUCGCCGUGACUCCAAGGUGCUUCUCAUGGUGGGCACACGCAACCUUGCUCCCCACCUCAUCCUCGCCCACCUCUCAGCCACCCCCUCCCUCCGCUACGUGCUCGUUUGGGGCCGCACUCUCUUCAAGGCCCAGCAAACGGCUGAGGAUCUGAUCUCCUCCGACCCAAGAUUUCAUCUCAUUGAGUCGGAGGGGAAUUCCUUGUCGGAUGUAUCAGAGGGGCAAGAAACGUGUGGAGUGUGCGUGCAGGUUGUGAGCGAUCUAGAGCGUGGGGUGCGCAUGGCAGAUAUCGUUUCCUCCAAAGGGUCAAUAUUUGUGGAUUCCAAGGAUGGUGAUGCUAUUACAGGAUCUGGGGACCUUAUGAAGCCGAUCACUAGCGGUGCUAUACUGGAGAAGGACAUUGGAGGAGGCCUCUUCGAGCUAUGUUCUGAACGUGUGCAUGGGAGGAAUGCUAAUAAGGAUAUUUGUGUGUUCAAGUCAGUAGGAUUGGCCUUAGAAGAUCUUGUUGCUGCCAAGCUUGUGUGGAAAGAUAGGGACCUCUCUCAUCUGCUCACUUCCCUGCCAAGAAUCUGUGCGUGGCACUACAUUUUCGUACCAACGACCAUGGCCGGCUCCAACAAUGAAGUUAACGAUCAGGCUGUUGCACAGCAGGUCGAGGAGAAGAAGGUCGAUGCUGUUGAAGUCACUGAGAAGCCUUCAGAGGAAACAAAGAAUUCGGUAGAGGAAAAAUCGUCGACUGACGUCAAGCCCUCCGCAAACGCGGACAGCGAGCCAGCGGCCGAGGACAAGGAGAAGAAGGAUGACGAGACGACACCUGAUAGUGACGUUGUUGAAGUCGAGGCUGAAAAGGUCCCUGAAGUGCCUGCUUCUGCGGAUGCAGUCCCUUCCACUACCGAAACGACUACCACCAUCUCGACCAAAAGGAAGGCUGAGGCGUCGGAGGACGAGACAGGCGCCAAGAAGGUCUGCCUAGAAGCUGAGGCUUAG